AAUUCGGGCGCAUAGAUGCGUGGACACAGCUGGGGUGCGGGAUGCAGCUAAAAGGAGUCUGCUGGGGUUAUAGUUUUCUCGGCCAGUUCGUACUCCAGCGGUGGAAACUUGAAGCCCGGGAUGCUUCUGUCCAACACGACGGCGCCGACGCCCUUUCUGACCGUGCUGUGGCAGGGGACGGUCACGCAGGGCGGCAACAUGUCCGGCCUGGCCCGCAGGUCGCCCCGCAGUGAUGAUGGCCAGCUGGCAGCGCUCUACAUCCUCAUGGUGCUCGGCUUCUUCGGCUUCUUCACCCUGGGCAUCAUGCUGAGUUACAUCCGCUCCAAGAAGCUGGAGCACUCCCACGACCCAUUCAACGUGUACAUCGAGUCUGACUCCUGGCAGGAGAAGGACAAGGCGUACUUUCAGGCCCGGGUUCUGGAGACCUAUAGGGCGGGUUACGUCAUCGAAAACCAGUUGGCGGUGGAACGACCCCACACACACCUUCCGAGAUAAAACCUUUGUGUCAUGACCCCACAGUUGGUUAAAACUGGGCCAAUCCUACCUGGCGAUCUGAUUUUUCCCA